AUGAAUGAGAAAAAUGAAAGCCAAGUAACCCAGUUCAUUUUCUCAGGACUCACAGAUUAUCCACAAUUGCAAGUAGUUCUGUUUGCCCUGUUCUUGAUUAUUUACAUCAUCACAUUGAGUGCAAAUCUAGGGAUGAUCCUAUUGAUCAAAAUUGAUCCCCAGCUGAAUACUCCAAUGUACUUCUUUCUCAGCCAUUUGUCUUUCUUGGAUGCUGGCUAUUCUUCCACUGUUACUCCUAAAGCAAUGGCAGUUUUUUUUGCCAAAAAGAAAAGCAUUUCCUUGACCGGAUGUGCUAUUCAAUUUUACAUGUUCGAUGGUUUGGUGAUGACAGAAUUGUUCUUACUAUCCAUCAUGGCUUAUGAUCGAUAUGUAGCCAUCUGCAACCCAUUGCUUUAUUCUGUUGUUAUGUCGAAGAAGUUGUGCACCAUAUUAGUGACCAUUGUGUAUCUCUAUGGUUUUGUGAGCUCAGUGGUUCAAACAGCAUUAACUUUUACACUCUCUUUCUGUUCCUCAAAUGUGAUUGAUCAUUUCUACUGCAAUGACCCUCCAUUAUUAGCCUUGUCCUGUUCUGACACGCGUCCUAAAGAAAUCCAGCUUUUAGUCUUGUCUGGUAUUAAUUUAAGUAGUUCUCUUUUGACAAUUGUCAUCUCUUAUGUCUACAUUCUGUGCGCCAUCUUUGGAAAACACUCCUCUGGGAGUAGACACAGAGCUUUCUCCACCUGUGCUUCCCACCUGACUGCUGUGAUCAUAUUCUAUGGCACCCUCUUCUUCAUGUACCUGAAACCAAGCUCCACUCACUCUCUCAGUUAUGACAAGGUGGUAUCCGUUUUUUAUGCUGUUGUUAUCCCCAUGCUGAACCCCCUUAUCUAUAGCCUGAGAAACAAAGAAGUGAAGGAAGCCUUGAAAAAGCUGUGA